AUAAACAAAGAAAGAUGGCGGGAAAAGAAAUUAAAAAACAAGCAUUCUCCUCUCCAUUACUCAAACCGCGAGAAAUGGAAGAAGAUAACUCGAGAGACGCUCCACAAGCGACGCCGUGUUGGAGGAAGCAAGUAGACGACAACCUCAAGCGCCUCCAUUCUCUUUGUUUCGGCGCCGAUCACUUCCUCCAGAAGCGCGACUUCUCUUCAGCUCAGCUCCUCGGCCUCCAGCUCCUCGGCUUUCUUGAAUCACAAUCUCUCUCCGAAGUCGAUGAGCUCCUCACUCGUCCCAUCCGCCGUGAAGCUGUCGCCAAACUCGACGUGGCUCGGUUCGCCCUCGUUCAAGACUCAGAUCGCCGAGCUUUUGAACAGGCAGGCAUAGCACCUGGUCAUGCUUUUAGCUUGAAAGGAGAUAUAGACGUUGAGAAGAUUAAGCAGUCAAAAUAUUUUCGCACCAAUCUUCAACGAUAUAAUGAAAGGGCUACCAGUGAAUUGGGAGAGCAAUCAGACAUUCAGGAAAAAUUGAUUGACAAGGAAUCAAAAGUUAUGACACAAGCAAAGCUGACCUCUUUAUAUGGAAACAUCACAAAGGCAAAUAAUGGCUCAUAUAAGAGUGGAUUUGGCUCCAGAAGUAGAAGUUCUGAAGACUGCAUGAUUGUAGAAAAGGCUUGCUCCAAUUCAAACCUUUCUAAGGGUCAUGGUCCCUCUGAUUUUCUUAAUCUUGAAGGGGAAGAAAGAGGUCAUAGAAAUAAUCUAGGGAUGAAACGAGCACAUGUUGAAAUUAGUAGCCCCAGAAACAGUAGUGUAAAGUCACCAUCAAGUGUUGAAAUAGUUAGUAAUGAUGCUUCUACGAACGGAUUUGUGACUGCAAGAACAAAAUUGGAGAUGGAUGUAAGGCAAAGGCGAGGGCAGGUGGGAUCAUCAGGUGCUUCAGAAUCCCCUCAAAAUGAGAGCAGUCCAACAAUUAGGGGUCAUGGUGUGAAAUCAUAUGGAAUUUCACGCCGUGGAGUUCGUGGUAGUUUUGUUCCCCCUAUUAGAUCAAAUGGGAACAAUGUUGGAAACAUGACUUCAAGGGCUGCUGGAAAGAAUGAUGAUGCAUUGGAUGACUCAACGAAGGCAUGUUUGGAAAUGCUAUGUGGUCCAGAUGGGGAGCUUCCUGAAAAAUUAAGGAAUUUGGAACCUCGUCUAAUUGAGCAUGUUAGUAAUGAGAUUAUGGAUCGGGAUCCCAAUGUUCGGUGGGAUGAUAUUGCUGGUUUGGAGCAUGCUAAAAAAUGUGUGAUGGAAAUGGUCAUAUGGCCUUUACUGCGUCCUGACAUAUUUAAAGGUUGUCGUUCCCCAGGAAAGGGUCUUCUUCUCUUUGGUCCCCCAGGAACAGGAAAAACAAUGAUUGGGAAAGCCAUAGCUGGAGAAGCAAAAGCAACCUUCUUUUAUAUAUCUGCAAGUUCAUUGACAAGCAAGUGGAUUGGUGAGGGUGAAAAGCUAGUGAGGGCCCUUUUUGGAGUUGCCAGUUGUCGUCAGCCAGCUGUAAUAUUUGUUGAUGAAAUAGAUUCGCUUCUUUCUCAGCGCAAAUCAGAGGGUGAACAUGAGUCAAGUAGAAGACUGAAAACACAGUUCCUCAUUGAAAUGGAAGGUUUUGACAGUGGCAGUGAGCAAAUUUUACUUAUAGGAGCCACAAAUAGACCCCAGGAACUUGAUGAAGCAGCAAGGAGGCGACUUACCAAACGGCUGUAUAUCCCCCUUCCUUCAUCAGAAGCAAGAGCCUGGAUUAUACGUAAUUUGUUGGAAAAGGAUGGACUAUUCAAGCUUUCAGAAGAAGAUAUUAAUACCAUAUGCAAAUUAACUGAAGGUUAUUCUGGAUCUGACAUGAAAAACUUAGUGAAGGAUGCAUCAAUGGGUCCUCUUCGAGAGGCACUGAGACAAGGCACAGAAAUAACUAAACUGCAAAAGGAAGAUCUGCGACCGGUAACUCUUCAGGACUUUGAGAAUGCAUUGCAAGAGGUGCGGCCCUCUGUUUCUUCGAACGAACUUGGCACGUAUGAAGAAUGGAAUAAACAAUUUGGAAGCUUAUCCCUGUAGAGAUUGCUUAGAAUAGAAAUAAAUCCAGGACCAAGAAAAUAAAGUCUCGAACCGAAACUUUUAAUCCGCCAGCCAUGUGAGCCGUCAGGAGCGGCACAAAGACGGGUUGAUCGGACCUGACAGGUAUAAUUU